AUGAUUUUUUUAAAAUGGACCGUAUUUUCCAGUUUUUUAUUAUGUAAUACAAUUAAAAGUACAUUUUAUUUAAAAUAUCAAGCAAAUUUUUAUAUUAUUUCAUUUAUUUCAACACAAAGAGGACUAACAUAUUUUUUAUGUAGAGGUAAUGGUAAAGAAGAUCAAUAUGAUAAUGGAUAUGGUUUAGAUUAUACACAACCCUAUUCGUGUGAACAUAGACAAAAUAAUGAAACUCCACAAGUACUAGAUAAUCAUAGUUAUUUAGGUCUACCUAUGUAUAAAGAAAACGAAGAUGAUAGUGGCAAUGAUUAUAAUGAUAAUAAUAAUGAAUAUACAUCAGAUUAUGGUCAAAAUAGAGGAUUAUCAUGCAAACAUGCAAAGAAUUAUAAUUAUAUGGUACCGAGAAUUCCAAAUGAAUAUGAUAAAUCUAAAGUAUUAUAUAUAUUAUAUAAUGGACCUGAAAUUAUUGAUGCUAGUAUUAUUGAUAGUGAUGUAAUUAAAUCAAAAAGUUUACAAAAAUUACUUAGUUUAUAUGAAAAAGCUUAUCAAAAGUGGCAUCAACAGCAAUUUAAAUGUGAUAAUAAUCCCUUUUGUCCAAAAAUACAAAAAAUAGUUUUUAAAAUUUAUACUAUAUCAGAAGAAAUUAGACAGGAAAUUGAAAAAUAUAAUAGUAAUAACUAA